AGCCGCAACUGACUUUGUUUUAUUAUUUUUAAUUUUUUCCAACAGAAUCUCAUUAAAUGGUACAUAAAGUAGUUAUAUUCAUGAUUAUAUGUUGUAAUUGUGUAAAGUAUGUGGAAGGCUCUUUUCUGGGCCUAAAUCGCACCGGAAAACCCGUUAGUAAGAUGGCAUUUCUGUAUAAUAGUAAUAGAAACACGAUAAAAUUAAAUAAAACACAAAUUUUCGCGCCCUUUAAAAAAAGAUCCGACACACCUCCUUCAGUCUCGACAUUAUUUGCAGAGUAUCAAGGGAAUCUGCCAGAAGAUAAAGAUAAAAGAGGAUAUAAAGAAGUGUUCAAAGAUGCUAUAGGGGUCUUUAAACUUAAAACUAAAGUAUCGCCACUAGUUUCUCUCAUUUCAGUUUCCGGCUACUUAAUACCUUUCAUGGUUGCCACAAGGAAUUAUGAGUUUUUAUUAUUGUCAUUGUCGUUGCCUAAGUUUGUGGAUGACAUUGUGACUUCACUGUCGAGUUUACACAAGUUUAUCUCAUCCAUACCGAAUCUGAUGGAAGUGAUUCACUUGUGUAUUAAUAAAGUUUUCAUUUCAAGAAACGAACUCGUCCAAAAUCAUUUCAUCAAAUUCAAUUACACACAAGGACAUAUAUUAUCAUUGUAUGGAAAUUUAUUAUGUCAUGUAUACUCUGAUUUCAUAAGUAGUCUUGGGCAAGGGUUUUUAGGCUCAGUAAUAGGCUAUACAAUGUUACUGUCAACUUUCACCCCGUUGCUUUAUUGCAUGUUUUGUGCCCUUUUGGGAACUUAUUCACAACUCCCACUGGUCUCACAAGCCGCCCAAGUCAGUGUAGGAUCAGACAAAAUGCUCACAAUAUAAUUUUAUACAUAAAAUA